GGGCGGCAGUGCGCGGUGAGCGCGGCGCCUUGUAGUCGUCGUUUUAGCGCCGCGCUUCAGCCAACACCACGUGUACCGCGUCCACAUAUUAUUUGGCACAAUGCAAGUUCCCACCGAUGUAAUCUGCAGUCGAUUCUUCGGCUGAAGGCGGAGAAGGAGCGCUGUCGGACCAGAUUUCACACACGCUGGAGGCCCUGCGCCGGCACUCGCGGCAGAUCGCCGCGCGACGCGUGCGCCGCGUACAGUUCUCGGACCGGUCGCAGGAUGGCGCGCGCGGCGACGGGGUCGAGAGCGGCUCCGAGAUGUCGGCCGGUAGCGGCGAGCGGCGGCCCUCCACGUGCCGGGUGGAACUGGGCACCUUGCUGGCGCCCGGGCCGCGUCCUCUCGACACCAAGGUCAAGAGACACAGCAUCCAUGGCAUGACGGAGGAGGACAACGUGGUGCGGCCGCACCAGGAGAUGGCCGUGCUAUCGUUGGAGGAGAAGAAGUAUCUGCUCGGCGUGGAGCGCGGCGACGUGGCCGGGACGCGCCGGGUGCUGCAGCGCGCGCGCGACACCGGGCACAUCAACGUGGAUUGUGUCGAUCCGCUGGGCCGCAGUGCGCUGCUUAUGGCCAUCGACAACGAGAACCUAGAGAUGGUCGAGCUGCUUCUCGAGUUUGGUGUCGAAACGCGCGACGCGUUGCUGCACGCCAUCUCGGAGGAGUUCGUCGAGGCCGUCGAGGCGCUGCUCGACCACGAGGAACGUACACGCAAGGAAGGAGAGCCGCAUAGUUGGGAGGCUCUCCCGCCGGAGACGGCAACGUUCACGUCGGACAUAACGCCACUGACGCUGGCGGCACAUCGUGACAGCUACGAGAUCAUCAAGCUGCUACUGGACCGCGGCGCGCGUUUGCCGGCACCGCACGACGUUCGCUGCGGCUGCGAUGAGUGCGUGCGGUCACGGCGCGAAGACUCCCUGCGCCACUCGCGCUCGCGGAUCAACGCUUAUCGCGCGCUCGCUUCGCCGUCCCUCAUCGCACUCUCAUCCAAGGACCCAAUCCUCACCGCGUUUGAGCUGUCGUGGGAGCUGCGGCGGCUAUCGGCGCUGGAGCACGAGUUCAAGACCGAGUACCAGGAACUCCGUGGUCAAUGCCAAGAGUUUGCCACGGCGUUGCUGGACCACACGCGCACCUCACACGAGCUCCAAGUGCUGCUCAACCACGAGAAGGGUUGCCCACAGCCACCGCCACUGCUCGAGCCGGGUGCUCCAGAGCGAAUGCGACUGUCGCGGCUCAAACUCGCCAUCAAACUGCGCCAGAAAAAGUUCGUGGCGCACCCUAACGUGCAGCAGCUGUUGGCUUCCAUCUGGUACGAAUCAGUGCCGGGCUUCCGCCGUAAAAACAUGGUGCUGCAGGCCGCUGAGAUGGUGCGCAUCGGCGCCAUGUUCCCGCUGUACUCGCUGGCCUACCUGGCCGCACCGCACUCCACGGCCGGCCGCAUGCUACGCAAGCCCUUCAUCAAGUUCCUUUGCCACUCCGCUAGCUACUUCAUGUUUCUAUUCUUGCUGAUCUUGGCGUCGCAGCGCAUAGAGACGACGGCGGGCAUCUUCGGCGGUGGGCCGGCGGACGCGCCCGUUUCCCGACGCGGCUCGCCACCCACGCUCGUCGAGUGGCUCAUCCUGGCCUGGGUCAGCGGACUGAUCUGGAGUGAAGUAAAGCAACUUUGGGACAUGGGGCUGCGCGAGUACGUGCACGACAUGUGGAACGUGAUCGACUUCGUCACCAACUCACUGUACGUGGCCACCGUCGCACUGCGCGUCGUCUCUCACUUCCAGGUGCGGCGCGAGAUGCACUUGGGCCUGCAAUGGAAUCAGCCGCGCGAGAAGUGGGACGCCUGGGACCCCAUGCUGUUGUCUGAGGGUCUGUUUUCCGCCGCUAACAUCUUCAGCAGCCUCAAGUUGGUGUACAUCUUCAGCGUCAAUCCCCACCUCGGCCCGCUCCAAGUGUCACUCAGCCGAAUGGUGCUCGACAUACUCAAAUUCUUCGUGCUCGACAUUCUCGUAAUAUUUGCCUUCUCGUGUGGCCUUAACCAACUACUUUGGUAUUACGCGGACAUGGAGAAGAAGCGCUGUCCGUCGGCCGGCGCUCACGCCCCUACCAACUCGACUGCUCCUCAGGACCCCGACGCCUGCGUAGUUUGGAGAAGAUUCGCAAACUUGUUCGAGACGAUGCAGACUCUGUUCUGGGCGGCUUUCGGACUCGUGGACCUGGACUCGUUUGAACUGGACGGUAUCAAGAUCUUCACGCGUUUCUGGGGCAUGCUCAUGUUCGGCACCUAUGCUGUCAUCAACGUUAUCGUGCUGCUCAACCUGCUCAUCGCCAUGAUGAAUCACUCGUAUCAGCUUAUUUCCGAGCGCGCGGACGUGGAGUGGAAGUUCGCUCGCAGCAAAUUGUGGAUCAGCUAUUUCGAAGAAGGAGGCACCGCGCCUCCGCCUUUCAACGUCCUUCCUUCACCCAAGUCCGCGCUGUACGCUUGGCGCUGGCUACAGCGACGCCUCUGCGGCCACGCGCGGGCCAAGCGCGAGCACAUGCGCACUAUACGAAGGAAAGCCAAGCAGACGACCGAACGCGAGUUCAGAUACCAGGCGAUCAUGCGCAACUUGGUGCGUCGCUACGUGACGGUGCAGCAGCGACGCGCCGAGUGCGGCGGCGUCACCGAGGACGACGUCAACGAGAUCAAGCAGGACGUGAGCGCCUUUCGCUGCGAGCUCGUUGAAAUCCUGCGCAACUCGGGCAUGAACACGUCCACCGCUAACGCCGGUGCGCCAGGAGGCGGAGGCGGUAAAAAGAACCGGCAGAAGGAGCGUCGGCUGAUGAAAGGAUUCAACAUAGCGGGAGGUUCGCUAGCUCCGGUGGACGAGUUCUUCGCGUCGUUACACCACGACCACGGCGGGGCGCACGGCGGCGGUCAUCACGGUUCUCUGUCGGCUCUACUCGGCGGGCGCCUGCGCACGAGCCAGUCCAGUCUGUCCGACGGCCCGGGAGGGCCCGCCCCACGCAAGCCACCGCACCACAAACGCCGCUGGGGGACCAUCAUCGAGGCGGCGCGAGCUGCCCGAGUUUCACGUCUCAUCGGUCGGUCGCGCUCCGAGGACUCCGUCUGUGACCACGCGGGACCCUCGCCGAGCGGUAGCGAGAGGUCCGACUCGGGCAGCGACUCGCAGCGGAGUCCCGAACGAGCGCCCCGCGGCAGACCGUCGCAUCCGUUGAGCGCUCUGGCAGCGCUGAAGUGCAAGCGCAAAAAGUUUGGCGACUCGCGACGUCAGGCGGACGGCGGGAUGGAAGCGCUCCAGCGCGCGAGCUCAGUCCCGGCGCGAGCGCCCCCCGCCCCUCGAGCCGCGCCUCCAGUUGCACGUCCGCAGCAACCGGUCGCACCCGACGAGGCCGCGACGAAGGGAGGCAGCCGGGAGCCGCUACUCGCCAGCCUCGAGGACGACGCUCUCAAGGACAAAUGCGGGCAGUGCGGGUACGACAGCGGCGGGGGCGAGUCGGCGAGGGUGAACGGAGCGAGGGAAGCCGAUACGGGGACCGAGUCGUGCGGACGCUGCGCGGCGCUGGCUCGGCUCGCCGGCGUCACGCCGCUGCACGGCCACGCGCCGCAUCACUCCGCCGGCUGGCUCUGAUCACGUCCGUGCGAUGAUCAUUUCCAGUAGAAAUGUCCCAGACUCCGAAAAACAAUUAAAAGUGUGGGUUACGAUACCGUUUAUUUUAAAGUGUCGAGCGUAGAAAUAUUAACCGAGCACGACGCCACCGAACACCAACUAGACGGUUAAGUAGGUUAAAAAUAAUUAGAGUUGAAAAGUAUGUGUUCCAAAGUGUUUUCCGAAAUAUACGAAAUUAAAUAUUACGGGUACACUAGAGAAGCUCUCGUUCGCUUCUCGUUAAAGUUUCGCUGACGACUUGUUUGCAGGAGCGGUCGUAUUCAGCCUCGUGCCUUUCAAGUGAAUAUCCUGAAUAAACGACUAAACGUAGUCAUUAGACGAAUAGAGUAUUUAAGGCGCUUAGCGUUUAGCAUUUCAUUUAGCAAAACCAGUUCUUAGUCCGCGGCACGAGCGACACUAACUUUACGAGAUAUAUUACGCACACGAGUCCGGGGCGUCCUCGCAACUGACGGCGCACUCUGCGGAGUCGUCGCUCGAGUCGAGUUAUAUUUUGUAAGAUGUUGUUUAUAGUUCCUUAUACAUCAUAUUUGUAAUAAAGCGAGCACCACGAGUCGAA